AUGGGGCAUGAUCAGAGGGACUCCACGAUAGACCUCAUCUGGGCCCACCCACUCCUGAGGGCAGAGCUGGAGAUCCCACUGGAGUGGGAGGGCUCAGACCACCUGCCACAGAUGGUACGAAUUCACACCGAGACACCGAAACGAAACGCGGCCCCGCCAGAUUGGUCGUGGAAAACAAUGGACAAAACAACGGUCCAAGUCAAAGGCUUGAAGAUUGUGCCUCCAGGGGGAGCCGGAUCUAUCAAGGAUCUGGAAGAGUAUAUCGACAAGCUGCUUAAGCAGCUCCAAGGCAUUGCAGACGCCUCCACAAGGAAAAAAGGGCCUAAUUCCGGGUUCGAACAGAAGUGGUGGAACGAGGACGUCGGUCGCGCAAUGGCACAUACGAAAGCGGCAAGAAAACGUCACCAAUCCUCCCGGUCGGAUCGAGACUUUGAAGGCCUAGCAAAGGCGAGGCGGGUGCAGAAACAGACCAUCAGUAAAGCCCAGACAAAAACAUGGCGUCACCUCACAGCAGCAGCGUCCAAAGAUAAUAAGAAGCUUUGGGACCUUGAAAGGGCGGCACGGCUACACGGGUUCAAACCACGAGAGGCGGGAACGCUCCCGCCCUUAAGGAAACCCGGCUCAAUGGGAGGCCUGACAUCUAAGUUCGACGAGCAGGUAGAUAUCCUAUCAGGGAAAUUCUUCCCUUCCCCAAUAGCGGACUUGUCCGAUAUUCCGGAAGAUUUCGACACCAGACUAGACCCCUUUAAAGGGAAGUUUGCCAUAAACAGGAAGGUAGACGAAACGGACAUUAAGGCAGUUCUUGACUUAAUAAAGCCCUGGAAGGCCCCAGGCUGGGACUUUCUGUCAGCAGGAUUCCUUAAAGCGUGCGGCAAACCGCUGAGAGUGGCCCUGACGGAGGUCGUGGAAUACUCGUUCGUUCUGGGUGAGUGGCCGAAGCAGUUCAAAAUGGCAUCAAUAAUGGUAUUACCGAAAGCCGGAAAGACACCAGAAGAGAAGACCCUUUUAGGGGCCUAUCGGCCUAUCGCGCUUCUUAGCUGCAUGGGGAAAGUCAUAGAAAAGGUUAUCGGUAACCGUAUGAUGGAGGCAACGGAGACACACGGGCUCCUUCCCAAGGGCCAAAUGGGGAACCGUAAGGGCAGGUCAACAGAACAUGCGAUCCGCAUGGUAGUCAAAGCAGUCCAUACAGGAUGGAGCUAUGGCGCAGUAGCCACGCUGAUGCAGCUGGACAUCACGGGGGCCUUUGAUGCCGUCGUCUUUACGCGGCUCCGCCACAUUCUGUGGAAGAAGGGAUACCCCAUGUGGAUUAUCAGAUAG